AUGUGUAUACUGCUGUCAUGUGUUCUGAAGAAAACAGAGUUCCUCUCCUACCAUGAACCUCUUGGCAUUUGCUUGACAUCCACAUCAUUACUGGGCACAUUUAUCUGUGAUGUUGUACUAGGGAUCUUUAUCUAUUAUCGCAGCACACCCAUAGUAAGAGCCAACAAUUCAGAACUGAGUUUUGUGCUCUUGGUGUCACUUAAACUAUGUUUCCUUUGCUCACUGCUGUUUAUCGGACGUCCCAGGCUGUGGACAUGCCAGCUGAGACACGCAGCAUUUGGGAUCAGCUUUGUGCUUUGUGUUUCAUGCAUCCUGGUGAAAACCAUGGUGGUUCUAGCUGUGUUCAAGGCCUCCAAGCCAGGAGGUGGAGCCAGUUUGAAGUGGUUUGGUGCUGUGCAGCAGAGAGGGACAGUUAUUGUUCUUACUUCUAUUCAGGCAGCAAUCUGCACUGCCUGGCUUGUAUCUUCCUCGCCAGCUCCCCAUAAAAACACUCAAUACCACAAUGAUAAGAUCAUUUAUGAGUGCGUAGUCGGGUCCACAGUUGGAUUUGUAGUGUUACUGGGCUAUAUUGGCUUACUGGCUACCCUCAGUUUUCUGAUUGCAUUUAUAGCAAGGAAUCUUCCAGAUAGUUUCAAUGAGGCCAAACACAUCACUUUCAGCAUGCUGAUCUUCUGUGCUGUGUGGGUGGCCUUUGUCCCUGCAUACAUCAGCUCACCAGGCAAAUAUGCUGAUGCUGUGGAGGUAUUUGCCAUCCUGGCCUCCAGUUUUGGUCUCUUGGUGGCACUGUUUGGACCCAAAUGUUACAUAAUCCUGCUGAGACCAGAGAGGAACACAAAGAAAGCUGUCAGGGGUCGAGGGACUACAAAAUCAAAACAUUAG